UUAAGCCUCUGUCAUAUGGUGCCAUAGUUUCAGUUCCGGAGUUUUCUUGAACUGGAGAAUGAACAUUUAAAAAUCAAAUGAAUGUUUUAUCAAGUUCAAGACUAAUCAUAAAACAAAUUAUAACUAAAAGGUAUCCAUUUCUACUGUCAAAAUGUGGUUCUACUUUCGGCUGGUUCUUCUGGCAUUUUAUUUUUUGUUGUUGUUUUUCCUGUCUCGACUGUUAGAAGCUGUUUCGUGGUACCAAGGGAACUCCACGUUUUUUUACUCAAGACAGAUUCUUGAACCCAUUUCUCUGAGUGUUCUGAAACUAAAACAGAUCUUGGAAAGUCGAGGGAUAAGCUAUGCUGGUGUUGUUGAGAAGCAAGAGUUGACAGCAUUAGUUGAGUCAUCAGGAGAGGUAGUGCAGGAAGAGCUGGACUCGGCUAUAGAAACAGAAAACUCUUCAUCACGGAGCUCCGUUUUCAGCAAGACUACUAAAUCCACUCACUUCACCUGUGGUAGCCACUUUUAUGAGGAGGUAGAAGAUACCAAAGAUAGUGUGUGGUUAGUACAAGUUAUUCCUUCAGGACUGACCCAACCUUUACUGGACACUUCCACUUGGAAACAGGUCAUUUCCAAAGUAUCACGAUUUGGAGUUCGAACUGGAAUAUUUGAAUGUUCUUUAGAUGAAAGACUGUGUGCUAGGAAGAAGUGGACAAUGCCACAAUUGGUUCUUGCACUUCCUAGAGGACACAGAGCCAAGCAGGAAGUAGUCCUUCAUAGUUACCUGUUCCCAGCUAAAGCACAAGCUGUUGUACAGUGGAUACGGCAUCUUCUAGCAACCAGGAUAAAGAUGGUUGGUUCUCCCGACGAGCUUGAAAAUCACUGGUUGAAGUACUCCCCUGAAACUCCGUUGUCUGAAGUACGAGUGAUUUUGUUGUCAACUAUGUCACAACCCCCACUGUUUCUUUCCUCCUUGGCCAUUAAAUUUACCGGAAGAAUCCGCUUUGGGUUGGUUAAUAUCAGUGAAAAUAAUAAAAUUCAGUGGAAGAAGAAGCUGAAAGUAUCGAAAUUCCCCAUUUACCUGAUUGUUACACCAGAAAAAACUGUUGUUUAUGGUCAUCAGUGUGGCGAAAUCCUUAAUUUUGAAAGCAUGGACUUGUUUUUAAAGUGGCUGAGACCAGAAAUGAAUGAUAUAUUUUUGUUAAGUUUGUUUAUUGUAAAUAUUUUCACAGGAUUUGGAUUAUUUCUUUUGUCAGGCAAAAUUUGGAAGCAUGUUAUUCAUUUGUUAUUUCAAAUCAUUAAAUGCAACUGUGUUUUGUUUUUAGUAUGGUUAUUGGUUAUAGGAUUGUUUCAGUUUCCGUUUAUGGAAACAACAUCAGAAUUCUGUUUAAAAGUAGUCCGAUAUUUAAGUGGUACACCUGUAGCUUCUCUCAUUAGAUAUGAUUGGAAACUGCAUCUCUCAUCUUAUUUGUUGUUUGUUACUUUCAUUGUCUUGGGAACUAUAUCUGGUGUGAUAUGGAAGAAAUUAGGCUAUAAUUCUUCCUUCAAUGAAUCCUUCUUUUUUGCUGAUUGGUGGACUGAUCCUUGGGAGGGAUAUAUUUUGAGUUACCUUUUUCGACCAAUGGCCACUCUGAGUCGACCAAUGGUACCUCAAGAUCUGGAUCUUGAAGAGGGAAUGGAGUUGCUUAUUGGAAGACUAGUUGUUCCAAACCUCUGGCUACAGCCUGUUUACCCAACUGAUUAUAUUAAAGACCUGCCUGUUUGGACUUACUGUGGAUGGUGUACAAGUGACGACAAGAUGCAUAAAGUAGAGAUGGAUGCUCAGUUUAAUUAUGAACACACUAAAGAUAUGGAAAAUUCCAAAAUUAUGUCUGAAGAACUAGCUCAUCCAUUAAAUUACCAUCUUGCCAAACAAGACCUGAAACCAGAUUCUGGUCAAGUUCUUAUGGACAGUAAUGUAAAAACCAAGAUUAAGGACUGUGACUGCUCCACAACAGCUGAAAGACGACUUUCUAGCAAUUACUGGCAGAGUAGUGAUGUUUCUGAUGAAGAAAAUCAUGGCUUCCAGUCUCCAAAUGAUGACAAACAGCAAAGGACUCCUUUGGGAAUGUUGGAAUGCAGAGAGUGUGCCAUCUGUUUGGAACGCUAUCAUUAUGGUGUCAGUUUAUGUGGGUUGCCUUGUGGUCACAACUACCACUGUCAGUGCAUAAUGGCUUGGUUGUGUCGAGAUUCUUGCAACCACUGCUGCCCUGUUUGUCGUUGGCCUUGUUAUAAACCUAGACCAAAAGUUUCGUAGAAAUGUUUUGAUAGGAUUGUUUAAAAAAAAAAACUGAAUGCCUUAGCUUACUCUUUAAUAUUUCAAAGCUAUUCAUUUAUCGUGUGGAUGUAAAGAAAUCUGACGUUUUUGAAGUUUGUAAUGAAAAUAUAUUUGUUAUAUUGUAUUAAAAAAUUCAGUUAUAGUUUAUAUUUACAAAAGACCUCUUUCUGCAGCCUACAUUUUGAGCACGAUGAUAGUUUGGUUUGUUUCUGCAGUUAAGAAUUAUUAAACACACAGAAAAAAUAAUUAUCUUGUUUUGUUAUACAUCCAAGCAGUGAUUUGUUUUUUGCCAUAGAUAUUAAGGUAUAUUGAAAAAAUGUAUAAAAAUUGUAUAAUAAGGUUUUUCAUCUAUUUUAGUUGUUACAAAUAUUUGGUAGAUAUCUUCAUACAAAUUUAAUCAGUUGUUCGUAUAUAUAUAUAUAUAUAUAUAUACAUGGUUCUUACUUAGAUGUAGGUAAAGUAAAAGACUGAAAAAUAAUUAAUAUCAAAAUUAAGGUUCUCUAGCUUAAGGAUUGUUUUGCAGGAGAAAUACUGAGAAGGUUGUUUUGAAUGUUAAACUAAAAUAGAAACAUAUCAGGUUAGUAUUGAAAUGUAUUUUAAGCAUCGAAAACAAGAACAAUUUUGGGGGGUGGUUAGAAAAGUAAUAAUUAAAUGUCUAAAAAAGUAUGUGAAUAACUUCUCUAUAGAUUUAGUACAACUUCACAAAGUUCUAAGAAGGGUUUUUCUCUGUCUGAUCACUGACAUCUGUAAGCUACCACUUUGAUUUUUUAAUGUUUUAAAGAACCUCUUAUAAUUUAAUUUUGAAUGGGUGUUUAUGAAGAUGUAUACUUCUUCCGAGAUAUAUUUCUGGUUUCAGAUUUAUUAGCCAAGGUUUGUAGUGCUUGAAAGGCAUUUUACAUUUUCAUAGUUGAAAGGUGAAAAUUUUAGAGUUAAAAAAUGCAACAUGAUUAAUUCAGUGGUGAUGAAAAAUUUAGUGAUCAACGGAAAUACUAGUAUGAAAUAAUUUAUGUCACGUGAAUAUUUUGGUAAUUAUGUAAUUAUUACACAGAAAUCUGUGAAGCAUUUUUUCUUGAGUGAUCUUUCUUUCUAGUUCAGUGAAACUAAGCUAAGUUUACAAGAGUUGUCAUUUAUAUAGUUUUGAAAUACAAAACAAAAUUUGACACAUGUAAAACUAUAACACCUUUUGUUAUUUAAAAGAGUUAGGGUUAAAUUUUUUAUCUCCACAUGCAUUCAUUUGUUGCACAUAAUUCUACAUGAACAUUUGUAUACACAGUACUGUUUAAUUUUACAGUAUAUGGACGGUUAAUGUUGUUCUUAUGUUUGGGAAGGUUACCCACCACAUCACUAAUUACAAAUGUAUAUAAUAUUAUAAGAUUUAAAUUGGAUUGAAAGGAAAAUAGUAAGUCUGCUGUUUAAUCACUUUGUUUUCACAAAGAUUAAAAUAGUUGGUGCUGUAUGUAUGUUUGAGUUAUUCCCAACUAUAGACAUUGGAGUUUUGAUUUAUAUUUACCAACUUUUGGGAGAGGAAUCAUGUUACACUUCAUUUAGACUGCUUGACCUAACUUUAGAUUUAUACUCUUUUGAGUGCCACCUUUUGUUGUGGUGAAUUACUGCUACUUUAUCACUGUUCUGAACAGUUUAUAGUUGUGGAGUUACUGCUACUUUAUCACUGUUCUGAACAGUUUAUAGUUGUGGAAUUACUGCUACUUUAGUACCAUUCUGAACAGUUUAUAGUUGUGGAAUUACUGCUACUUUAUCACCGUUCUGAACAGUUUAUAGUUGUAGAAUUACUGCUACAGUACCGUUCUGAACAGUUUAUAGUUGUGGAGUUACUGCUACUUUAUCAACGUUCUGAACAGUUUAUAGUUGUGGAGUUACUGCUACUUUAGUACCGUUCUGAACAGUUUAUAGUUGUGGAAUUACUGCUACUUUAGUACCGUUCUGAACAGUUUAUAGUUGUGGAGUUACUGCUACUUUAGUACCAUUCUGAACGGUUUAUAGUUGUGGAAUUACUGCUACUUUAUCACCAUUCUGAACAGUUUAUAGGUGUGGAAUUACUGCUACUUUAUCACUGUUCUGAACAGUUUAUAGUUGUGGAGUUACUGCUACUUUAUCACCGUUCUGAACAGUUUAUAGUUGUGGAAUUACUGCUACUUUAUCACUGUUCUGAACAGUUUAUAGGUGUGGAAUUACUGCUACUUUAGUACCAUUCUGAACAGUUUAUAGGUGUGGAAUUACUGCUACUUUAUCACCGUUCUGAACAGUUUAUAGUUGUGGAAUUACUGUUACUUUAUCACUGUUCUGAACAGUUUAUAGUUGUGGAGUUACUGCUACUUUAGUACCAUUCUGAACAGUUUAUAGUUGUGGAAUUACUGCUACUUUAUCACCAUUCUGAACAGUUUAUAGUUGUGGAGUUACUGGUUGUGGAAUUACUGCUACUUUAGUACCAUUCUGAACAGUUUAUAGUUGUGGAGUUACUGCUACUUUAGUACCAUUCUGAACAGUUUAUAAUUAUGUAAUUACUGUUACUUUAGUACCAUUCUGAACAGUUUAUAGUUGUGGAAUUACUGCUACUUUAUCACCAUUCUGAACAGUUUAUAGUUGUGUAGUUACUGCUACUUUAGUACCAUUCUGAACAGUUUAUAGUUAUGUAAUUACUGUUAC